CAGUGACCAGCCAGUCAGUGCGCCUCGAGCAGCAUCACCGUGUGGCUGCGUCACUCUCAGUGCGCCUCCAGCAGCAUCACCGUGUGGGUGCGUCACUCUCAGUGCGCCUCGAGCAGCAUCACCGUGUGGCUGCGUCACUCUCAGUGCGCCUCCAGCAGCAUCACCGUGUGGGUGCGUCACUCUCAGUGCGCCUCGAGCAGCAUCACCGUGUGGCUGUGUCACUCAGUGCUUUUACGACCGAAUUUUUGUCCUGCACUCAAAACUCUCAGUUCACAUCUCAAGAUGGAUUAUUCAAAAUUCAUAUCGACAACAUCUGCCAAAAGAAAGCCUUCAGGAAUAAGUGAAAUGAGAGCACAUUUGGACAAACCAUCGCCAUCACUAGUAUGGCUGGCAUCAGGAAUGCCCAAUCCAGAGAAGUUUCCUUUCCGCGAGGUGAACAUAACCCUGCAGGAUGGGAGAGUACUGUCACUCCCUCCAGACUGUCUGUCUUCUGGCCUUCAGUAUGGCCCCACCCAAGGGUAUAUACCUCUGGUGAAGCAACUCAAAGCUAUGACAAAGCAGUUUCACUCUCCACCACAAUGGGAAAAAUGUGACUUGUUAGUUACAGUUGGGUGUCAGGCAGGCUUGUCUAUGGCCUUUGAGAUGUUGCUCAACCCUGGGGACUUCAUCGUUCUUUCAAACCCCUGUUACUCCGACGUCCUCUGUAUGUUGUCAGGUAUGGACCUUCAGUACCUGGCUAUAGAAGAUGAUGCUCACGGUAUGAAGCCAGACAUUCUUAGAGCAGCAUUGACGCAGGCUGUUGAGAGGGGAACCAAUGGAGUGCCUAAGGCUUUAUACGUGGUCCCGAACGGCAACAACCCAACGGGCACUACCAUGGAUAUGACACGUCGUCAAGAGAUUUAUGACAUUGCCCAUGAUUAUGAUCUUAUUAUCCUGGAAGAUGACCCUUACUUCUUCCUUCAGUAUGAUGAGUACGAGCAACCCUUGCCAAGCUUCCUCAGCUUGGACACUGAUGGUAGAGUUCUUCGCUUCGACUCCUUCUCCAAGAUCAUCAGCUCAGGACUGCGGGUCGGCUACGUCACAGGCCCUGCGCCACUCGUGGAGAGGCUCAACGUUCACAUGCAGGCUCGAGUGAUUUGUGGACCUAUGCUCUCUCAAGUAGUGAUGAGUGAGCUGCUUAAAGAGUGGGGAGAAGAUGGCUUAAAGAAGCACAUAGCAGAUCUCCGCACAUUCUACUGUGACAAGAGAAAUGCCAUUAUAAAAGCUGCUGAAAUGCACCUUUCAGGUCUGUGUGAAUGGACUGUUCCAAAGGGUGGUAUUUUCUUGUGGUUGAAGGUUCCAGAAUUGGAAGACACUGGCCCUAUGCUAAUCCAAAGAGCAAUAAAGAAGGACAUUGCUCUUGUUCCUGGGAAGGACUUUGUAGUGGACUCUAGCAAACCAUGCCAGUACAUGAGGGCAGCCUUCUCAUGUGCCACUGCAGAUGAGAUGAUGAAGGGCAUGGAGAAUCUUGCAAAACUUCUUAGAGAGGAAAUAACAUUGCAGAAUGCCCAACCAUAGAGCUGUAGACAUACCCAAAAUAUUCUAGACAAGAAAGUGAUGAUCACAGAGUAUGGCUUCACUUUAAGUACUAACAUCAAAUAAUAACUUUCAAUACAAGAAGUGUAAAACAAAGUUUGCAGAUUGCAAUGUUAAUUGAUCAGUAAUGCCUUAUGCUUGAUUAUCUGAACACUGAGAUAUUCUCUGUGUUCAUAAGAUAUUUUAAUUAAAAUUUUAAAAUUUUAA